AUGAACUACCCAUAUCUUCUACUUCCAUUCCUGCAGGCACGCACCACUGAAUUAGGCGAGAAAAUGGUCGAUAAGGUGGACGCAUUUUUUAGGAGAAAAUGGAAAGUAAGUAAGGAGCAAGUGUAUGGUCUAUUUAAUGAAUUCAACAAGCCAUUAAAUGACCGGGACGAUGAGAGUAAAAUUUUCACAGUUGUUUGCGAUGACGUUGUAGGAGGUCACGGUGUCACGGACGAAGGCCUUCACAAAUGUUUUUGUAAGGCUCUUAUAGGGAAUUUAGGUACACUAAGAAACAACAGCAGCACGUAUAAAUUGAAUGGUGAAACGAAAAAUUUAAGUGCUAUUGAGAAGAAAACACGAUGUGAUCUAUUAAACUUAUGGUUAUUCUUAUAUGUGUUGAAAUAUAACAUGCAAAAGAAUGAUAUUCUGUAUGCAUUCACGGCAAUGAGUAAUUUGAAAGAUUUUUUUUUUAUGGAAUCUGAGGAUUGUACAUAUGACGGUACGUUCACCGUGAACGAAAAAGAGGACGGAGAUGGCAUUUUCGGGGAAAUUUGUAGAUGGUUUAUGAAACAGGGUAUUAUAAGCAGAAUGGAGGCAAUAAAUAACAGGACUGCAUGUAAUAAAGUCAGCAGGUCGGAAAACAAGGAUAGUACCUUUCCGCAGAAGACACCGGAAAAAAAAAGUCCCAAAGCGCAGGAUAUAGCUGAUAAAGUUGUCCAAAAAAUAGAGGAGUUGCGUCCCAUAUUUAAGAAAAUUGAGGAGGAAUUAGCACAACAACCACCGCCAGAACCAGGUGAUGACUGCACCAACAAGAAAACCUUAUGUGAACGUGUUACUUGCGUAGCAAAUAAAUGGAAAACAGACAAGCAGAAGACGGAUUACAAUGAGAUGUGGGAAGAUGUUGGAAAAAGGGUUCCUGAUCUUUUCGAAGCUAUAUCAAAACCAACCCCCCAUAUAGACAACAAUUAUUGUUAUGGCAACCAAUGGAAAGGUCAAAAUGUGACUUUCGAAGAAAUAGAAGCAUGCAGGCUUAUUGUUAGGGGAUUACACCAUAUAUAUAGCACUCAGACAGACGACGUAAAGCAGGACGAGAAGGCAAAGAAUGAGCAAAGAUUCAAUGAAGCUAUGGAAUGUCUCUUGUUGAACGCAUACGCAGAAGAACUAAAAAAAAAGGCACAGGAGAGAGGCAAUUGUAAAGUAGAUAAAGGCAUAAAACAUGCCUUCCAAAAAAGUAAAGACAUUAAAAAGGACACAUCUCCAUGUAAAGGUGAAGGUGAUAUGUGUCAAGUGUGUCAGAAGGAAGAAUAUAGGAACUGUAAAAUAAACGAUCAAAACAUAAAAGACAAAUUGGAUGAACUGCUCCAGAAGAAGGAAGGGGAAAUAGAACAAACUCUAGAAGAACUAUGUAAAGACUGCAGGAAAGUUAACGACCUAUGUAAACGUGCACAAUGCGUGACAAUUAAUUGGUUUAGGGACAGAUUAACUAAUGGGGGGGAGGGAAGACAAAACUGGUGUAGAUUUUGGGAUACGGACGUGAAGGGGGAACUGGAGAAACUCUCUAAGGCUAUAAUUAAAGAGGAUAAAAGUGAUGAACCCCUAUGCAAUAACAUUAAUGGAAAGAACACAGCAACUGAAGCAGAAAAAAAAGCAUGUCAAUACAUCACGAGAGGCUUAGAGUAUAUAUACGGAAUUCGUGAACAGAAGGGACAGAAUUACUUAAAUCAGCAGAAAAAUAACCCAAUAUUUUAUCGAACUAUUGGAUGCGCCUUCCUCAAUGUGUACGCAGAUAGAUUGCAGCAGCUGAAACCGUCUAAAUGUAAUGUGCAAAAUGGCAUAGAUCACGCCUUUGAAAAAAGUAAUGAAAUUAAAGGAAAAACAUCUCCAUGUAAUAGUGAUAGUAAAUGUUUUGUAUGUACAAGGCAUAAAGGUCUAAGUUGCACACUAAGCGUGGAGGAUAAACUGUUGAAUGAAAGACCAGGUCAAAAUUGCGAAAAAGACAGAAAAAAUAUAAAAAAUAAGUUGGAUGAUAUGCUGGACAAAGAUAAUACAGGAAUAAAGCAAACUUUGGAUCAUAUAACUACUAUUUGUAAACCCAAACCUGCCGCCCUUCCCCCAGCUCCUCCAUCUGCUCCUUCUGAGGCUGAGGAUGGACGAGGUGGCGAAGCAGGUGAAGCUGCUUUAAAAGCACCCAAGGCUGAACCACUUACUGACAAGAAAGGAAUCAAUCCCUUCCUUCCUUAUUUCCCUCUUGCUCCUGCCACCAUUGGAAUCACUGUUAUGAGUUAUCUCCUUUGGAAGUAUUUUGGAAUGCUUCGUAAGGCAAGAAAACGUUACAAAAGAGCUCCUAAAGCACUUGGUCCCUCCUUAGAACAGCAGAUUCUGGACCAUGUGGACCAACUUGGUCCGCGUGAAUAUUAUUUAGUGAAGGAACGAAAACCUCGUUCUACGCCUAUAAAAAGGAGGAAAAAACGAGGUGCUGGUCGUCGUGGUGGUGUACGUCGCCGCAUGAUUAUUGAUAUCCAUUUCGAAGUCUUAGACGAAUGUCAAAAGGGGGACACCAAACUGGUCCCGGAAGACUUUUUUGAAAUUUUGGUUCAAGAAUUUAUGGGAAGCGAAUUCAUGAAAGAAGAAAAUGUUCCUAAGGAACAGGUUCAAAGAUCAGGUUCCGGGUUUAGGGAAGGAAGACUCUGUUCCUAA